AUGAUUCAAGCAUUAGGUGCAGAUUCAGAUGCAAAAGGUGUUCAUUAUGGUCAAAUGAAAGAAGUUACUGUGGAGGAAUAUAACUCUUGGAAUGCUGCUGACAAAAAAAUCUGGAAAUUAUUUUAUAACGAUGUACUCAAAUUUGAAAAAACAAAUGUGCCAAUUGAUCUUUGUCUAUUAGGCGAUAAAAAACAAUUUAAACGUCAAGAUAAUUUAUUGACUACAGAAAUCAAGAGAGUUGAGAGAAUGAGUUAUUUUACAGAAUAUUUUGGUUUCAAAGUUGAUGGAAACCAACGUUUCUUACGUGACGAUUUUCUAGUCCUACAUAAUUCUGGAUUUGAAGAAAGUAUGAAAUAUAAGAAAUUAACCAACGCUCAACGUUCGGGUCUUAACCAAAUUCCUAAUCGUAGAUUUACACUUUGGUGGUCACCAACCAUCAACCGUGCAAAUGUCUAUGUUGGUUUUCAAGUACAAUUGGAUCUUACAGGAAUUUUCAUGCACGGAAAGAUUCCAACAUUGAAAAUAUCUUUAAUUCAAAUCUUUAGGGCACAUCUUUGGCAAAAAAUUCAUGAAAGUGUCGUGUUUGAUUUGUGUUUCGCUGCGGGAACAAAGAUAAUGAUGGCCAAUGGUUCAUUUAAAAAGGUCGAAAAAAUUUGUGAAGGGGAUCAAUUACUUGGUGACGAUGAAAAGGCAAGAACUGUUACAAAUUUAAUUCACAACACCAAUGGAAAACUUUUCAAAACACUUUUCAAUUUAUUUGAUGAUUGGCUUAAAUCCAUUUCUUCAUAUACAGCAUUUUCACGUCUUAUUCUUAUUUUACGUGCAUUACAUGUAAACACCGACAAGACUAAAAUGAUUUUAAGACCAGAUAAAAAUACCAUAACUGAACCGCAUCAUAUUUGGCCAACAUUAACAGAUGAAGAAUGGAUAAAGGUUGAAGUCGCAUUGAAAGAUUUGAUACUGGCAGAUUAUGGUAAAAAGAACAAUGUGAAUGUUGCUUCGUUAACUCAAUCAGAAAUACGUGACAUUAUCCUUGGUAUGGAGAUAUCUGCACCAUCUCUUCAAAGACAGCAGAUCGCGGAAAUUGAAAAACAAACCAAAGAACAAUCACAGCUAACAGCUGUCACUACAAAAACUCAAAAUAUUCAUGGAGACGAAAUGAUUGUCACGACUACAAGUAAUUAUGAACAGCAAACAUUUUCAUCGAAAACUGAAUGGCGUGUAAGAGCAAUAUCGUCAACAAAUCUACAUUUACGUACAAAUCAUAUUUAUGUCAAUGCUGAAGAUAUAAGAGAUACUGGUUAUACUUAUGUAUUACCAAAGAAUGUUUUGAAGAGGUUUAUACAAAUAGCAGAUCUUCGUACACAAAUAGCAGCUUAUAUGUAUGGAAUAUCGCCUCGUGAUAAUGCACAAGUUAAAGAAAUUAGAGCUCUAGUCAUAGUACCACAAUAUGGUACACAUCAAACGGUCAAUUUGCCUAAUAUGGUGCCAGAUAAUGAGUAUCUAAAAGAUUAUGAACCAUUAGGUCUUAUUGUCACUCAACCAUUUGAAACUGCACAAUUAUCACCAACAAUACUCUCUUUACAUGCUAAGUUUGUGGCAGAAAAUAAAAAUUGGGAUGGUGAUAAAACAAUAACAAUGACAGUUAGUUUUACACCAGGAUCAUGUUCUUUGACUGCUUAUAAAUUAACACCAGCUGGGUUCGAAUGGGCACGUAAUAAUAAAGACACUUCACCUAAUCCACCAGGUUACUUGCCUACAUUUGCAGAAAAGGUUCAAAUGUUAUUAUCAGAUCGGUUCAUGGGAUUCUUCAUGGUCCCAGAGAAUGAUAUCUGGAAUUAUUCAUUUAUGGGUCCAUCACAUUCUCCUACUAUGAAAUAUUAUCUUAAACUAGAUAUACCAAAGGAAUUUUAUCAUGAAUUGCAUAGGCCACAACAUUUUAUUAAUUUUAGCUCUUUAGAAGAAGAUAUUGAUGCAGAUCGUGAUGAUGUUUUUGCAUAA